AUGGGGAAUCGAAAGAUCGCAAUCAUUGGCGCUGGCCCAUCUGGAUGCUUGUUAGCAAGACUUCUUCAUCUCGCAGGAACAGAAGUAACUGUUUUCGAAGGUGAAGCUCAUCCAAACUUCCGAUCUCAAGGAGGUACUCUGGAUCUACACACAGCUACAGGCCUCGCAGCUCUCAAGGAAGCUCAGCUCUUUGACGAGUUUCUCAAACACGCUCGCUAUGAUGGACAAUACAUGGCCAUUGUAGACAAGAACCUUGAAUACCAUCUCGAACGAAAUGCGGUUGGAAAAUACAACAAGAUCGAAGAACGCCCAGAGAUUGAUCGCUCCAGCCUUCGAGAAAUCCUGUCAAAUUCACUACCUGAGGGUAUGAUCAAAUGGGGUUACCAUCUGAAAAAAGUUGAAGGUCGAUGCCUUAUUUUUGAACACACCACAAUCGACGGGUUCGAUCUUAUUGUCGGCGCAGACGGUGCGUGGAGCAAAAUCCGGAAGGAAAUCGAUCCAAGUCUCGUCCCGGAAUUUGCGGGUAUCGGAAUGUUUGAGUUGGAGAUCACAGACGCUGAGAAGAACGCCCCAGAGCUGUCUAAGCUGGUGAACCGAGGAAGCGUCUUUGCCAGCACAGAUGGCAACCGCACCAGCGUUCAACAGAUGGGCGAUGGCAGUUUGAACAUGUACUGCAGUUUUGUGACGGACAAACCAGACUGGUUCAAGCCUGAGAACUGCGGCUACAACCCUCAUGAUCUGGAGGAGGCGAAGCAGACAUUACUUGAGACGAAGUACAAGGACUGGGACCUUCGACUCAGGCAAGCAAUCGAAUUAGCAAACGGCCGUUGCAACCCACGAUCGCUCUUCAUGCUUCCUGUCGGCAGCAAAUGGGAGCAUAAGCAAGGCCUAACUCUCAUCGGCGAUGCGGCUCAUCUCAUGACUCCUUAUGCUGGUGAAGGCGUUAACCAAGCUCUCGAUGAUGCGAUGCUACUUGCCAAAGCCAUCAAUGGAGCGGUUAACAAAAACGACCAGGAACUGGACAAGGCGAUCAAGAAUUUCGAAGAGGUCAUGUUUGCGCGUGUCGGUCCAGUUCAGGAACUCACAUUAGGAUUGUUACAGGACUGGAUGUACACACCUGGAGCGCCCAAGACUGUCAUGGCAAAGUCAAUGAGCAGACAUGUAAAGCAGCGUUUGCCAUGGGCGCUUCAGCCGUUGGGUGUGGCAGCUGUGCAUGGUUAUUAUUUUUUGAAGAAUAAGAAUUUGGUGAGCUGA